GUAACUCAUCACAAUCCCAGGCGACCGAUUCUAUCCUCGGGUUUUUUGUUUUUCUUCUUCUGUGCCCUCUCAACUUCUUCCAUUUGUGCCAAGCACACGUAUCUUCUCUGAAGCAACAACAGCUGCUCCACAAACACACGCACGCACACAAGAAUGUCUCGUGCGUUGCGUAAGCUUCUCCUUAUCGGCGUCAUUGCCGUACUCAUCGCCAGCGUGGUGCUGGCCGAAGUCGUGCCGGAGGUCGACGACGGAAUGGAUUUCGGCGGCGAGGAGGGCGAGGACAUGAACGCUGCGGGCGACGGCGGAAUGAGCAGCCCGUCGGUGAGUCGCGCGUACUUCUUGAACGCGUCCUCGCAGUUGUUCCCGUCCUUCCCGGCCGGCUCGAAGGCGCACGCCGUGUUAGCCUUUCAGAACAACGGCGAGGCCACCCAGGUCGUCUUCCUGGUGGCUGGUCUCCUGCAACCCCCGCAGGACUACCACACGACGCUGCAGAACUUCUCGGUUGUGCGUCAAGCCCGAGAGGUGAAGAAGUCAGAGACGGUCAGCUUGCACUACACCUUUAUGCCGGACGCCCGCCUGGAGCCGGGAGAGUACAACAUGGUCCUCGGUCUCUACAUGCAGGACGCGGCGUCAAACCAGACCUACUUCAUCACGGCCUUUAACUCGUCCGUCAUGGUCGCCGAGCCCCUCGGCACCGACCCGCGCACAAUCCUCACGUACUUUACGCUGCUCGCCAUCUUUGCCGGUGUCGCCUACGUGGCGGCGGACAGGAUCGGCCUUGUGAAGAUGAUUAAGUCCGCCCGCCACACCAAGAGUUCCGCGAGCGGCGGCAGCAAGACGGUGGAGGUCGGCACGAGCGGCGCCGCCUACGACCCGGCCUACAUCACCCCCGAGCACCAGCGCUACCGCGACGAGAUCAUGCGCGAGAAGUCUGCAUCCCCGCACAGCCGCAAGACCCCUUCGCCUAAGAAGAAGAACCAAAAAAAAUGA